AUGGAGAGAAUCGACGUGCACGCGCAUUGCGUACCACCCUCUUACCGUGAAUACUGCCUACAUAGUGACUUCGCGGGAAAAGGACAUCCAGAUGGAAUGCCCGCAAUUCCAGAAUGGAGUGCUUCAGCCCACAUUGAAUUGAUGAGCAAGCUGAAAAUCAAGAAGUCGGUGCUGAGCAUGUCAUCGCCAGCAACACAUCUAACACCAGGAAAUGAUGAAGAAGGUCGAUCCGUCACCCGUCGGGCCAACAAUGACAUGUCUCAAAUCUGCGCCGAUCAUCCAGACAGAUUCCUGUUUUUCGCCUCACUCCCACUGCCGGAUGUCGAGGGCUCCCUUGCAGAGAUCGACUAUGCAUUAGACCAUCUUGGCGCGGUAGGAUUCCAAAUCCUGACCAACUCCCAUGGCAUCUAUCCAGGUGAUGCACGUUUCAGCCGUGUUUUUGACAAGCUGAGCGAGCGCAAGACUAUUGUUUUCUUUCAUCCGACAACGUGUCUUAUACAAACGGAUAGUUCGUUGACAAAAGUCACGCCACUUCCGGGCGUGCCGGCGCCGAUCAUGGAGUUCAUGUUUGAUUCGACUCGGUCGCUGAUGAGCCUGCUCACUUCGGGGACUGUUGAGCGGUGUCCUGGAAUUACAUUUGUGGCCUGUCAUUGCGGCGCGACUUUCCCUCCGAUCAUGGAGAGAAUCGCGGAGUUCUCGCCUGUCCUUCUUGGUCCUAAGAAUGGGAUCAGUGGGGAUAAGAUCAAGCAGCUUCUACAGUCCCGUUUCUAUUUUGAUCUUGCCGGUGUUCCGUUCCCGGAUCAGAUUCAUGGCCUUCUUCGAUUGGUUGACUCGUCUAGGUUGCUGUAUGGAAGUGACUACCCGUAUACCCCUGCAGCGCUAGCUGAAUCGCUAGCUCAGAGAGUAGAUGGGGGGUUAGAAGCUCACUUUGGAACGGAAACGGCACAGAGGAUCUUGCUGGGCAAUGCCAGAGCUAUGCUUGGUGAAAACUGUACAUAG